UAUUAAUAUUGUUAUGUGUGUGUGUGUGUUUUUUUUUUCAUUUUUUUUUUUCAGAAGAUAUAUUGAGCUGCUAUGGGUAGUAAAAAGAGGAGCUCAGAAUCCGCAGAAAUUGAAGAUGGUCAGUUAAAAGUGCCUGCAAAUAAUGUUGUCUCGAGUAACAAAUUGAAAAAGAAAAUAAAGACGGAAAAGAGCAAAGAAGAAGAAUCAGUGGUAGAUGAGGAAGCUGGACCCUCUAUUGUUUCUGAUUCCAUUAAACCCAUGGAGAGAAGAAAGAAGAGGAAAGCAUUGGACAAAGAGAGGCGUCGUUCGGCCUUGGAGAAUGACGAAUUUAAGCCCCAAAAGAUGGAUGUUGAGCACGACGGUAUUCAGGCAUCCACCACAGCAUCUACGGUUGGAUCCUUAUCCAGUAGCAUUCUGCCUGAGUUCCACAUUGGUGUUUUCAAGGACUUGGCGUCCUUUGAUGCUUCAGUGAGAGAAGCAGCGGCAUAAGCUUUGGUAACAGAGUUGCAGGAAGUUCAGAAAGCGUUUGACAGGCUUGAGAAUAAGGAUUCGAUUGAGGGAGGAUUGAAGUUUGAUGCUGAAAAGGAUGAUGGCUUGAAUGAGUGUGCACCCUCUUUGAGAUACGCAGUCCGUAGGCUUAUUCGUGGUGUUACUUCAUCAAGAGAGUGUGCGAGACAAGGCUUUGCAUUAGGUUUAACUUUAUUGGUAGCAACCAUACCCAGCAUCAAAGUGGACUCUCUUCUGAAACUCACAGUCGAUUUGCUAGAGAUAACUUCAUCAAUGAAGGGCCAGGAAGCAAGGGAUUGUCUGUUGGGUCGCUUAUUUGCUUAUGGUGCUCUUGCCCGGUCUGGAAGACUCGUUGAGGAAUGGAAUCUUAAUCAAAACACACCAUACAUAAAGGAAUUCACCAGUCGAAUCAUCGCCCUUGCAGCCAAGAAGAGAUACUUGCAAGAGCCUGCUGUAACAGUUAUUCUAGACUUGAUUGAAAAGUUGCCUGCAGGAGCCUUAUUGAAUAAUGUGCUAGAAGCUCCAGGGCUAGCUGAGUGGUUUGCAGCAGCUACAGAAGUGGGGAAUUCUGAUGCAUUACUUUUGGCUCUAAGAAUUCGUGAAAAGACAUCUGUUGAAAGUGCAGUGUUCAGCAAACUUCUGCUAAACCCGUUCUCUCCCAACAGACUUUUUGCUGCGGAUCACCUAUCCUCUCUUGCUACUUGUUUGAGGGAAUCUGCCUUCUGCCAGCCUCGAGUUCACAGUGUAUGGCCUGUACUGGUAAAUAUGCUUUUGCCUGGUGUUCUUUUGCAAGCUGAGGAUGUAGCUUCUGUUUCAAGUUUGUUGAAGAAGCACAAGAAAAACCGUAAGUCUAGCUCUUCGGAGGAAGAUAUUGCAAAGAACUUGCAAUGCGUUAUUGAAGUAAUUGUUGAAGGAUCUCUUCUUCUGUCAUCUCAUGACCGCAAGCACGUGGCAUUUGAUGUUUUGCUUCUUCUCUUGCCAAGACUGCAUGCAUCUUUUGUUCCAAUUGUUUUGUCGAACAAACUUGUCCAGUGCCUGAUGGAUGUACUGUCUACAAAGGACUCAUGGCUUUAUAACGUUGCACAACAUUUUCUUAAAGAGUUGUCCGAUUGGGGCAAGCAUGAUGAUGCGAGAAAGGUUAAUGUUGUUGUUUCUCUACAAAAACACAGCGAUGGAAAAUUUGAUUCUAUCACAAGGACAAAAACAGUAAAGGAUUUUAUGGCGGAUUUCAGAACAGAAGCUGGUUGCAUGCUGUUCAUUCAGAACUUGCAGGACAUGUUUGUGGAUGAAAAUCAUUCUACUGAGGAACCUUCUGAUCAGAGCCAAACAACAGAUGAAAAUUCAGAGAUGGGUUCAAAUGAAGACAAAGACGCAGUUGGGACUACAGGAAAUUCAGAUGUUUUGAAAACUUGGAUUGUUGAAUCCUUGCCCAGUAUAUUGAAAUAUUUAAAGCUUGAUCUUGAAGCAAAAUUCCGAAUUCAAACAGAGAUUUUGAAGUUUCUGGCUAUACAGGGCGUGUUCACUGCAUCCUUUGGCACUGAAGUAACGUCAUUCGAGUUACUAGAGAAAUUUAGGUGGCCAAAAGCAGCCACUUCCAGUUCUCUUUGCAUGAUAUGUAUUGAGCAGCUUCAGCAGUUGUUGGCAACUGCUCAAAAGGGAGGGGGGUCAUGUGAAUUGGCAAAUGGCCCAAAUGGUCUUGGGUCAUACUUUAUGCGAUUCCUUAGCACUUUACACAGCAUUCCUUUGAUUUCUCUCUUUCGAUCUUUGGACGAUGAGGAAGAAAAUAUAUUUAAGAAACUGCAAGCAAUAGAAUCUUCACUUUCUAGAGAGGAGAGGAAUUCUGGACUGAGCAAAGACACAAAUAGAUUGCAUGCAUUACGACACUUGCUCAUCCAGUUGCUUUUGCAAAUGCUUCUUCGACCAAGGGAGUUCUCCGAAGCUGCCUCUGAGCUAAUUAUAUGUUGUAGGAAAGCUUACCCUACGCCUGAUCUUCUUGAAUCCUCUGGAGAAGAUGACACUGAGGCUGCUGCAUCCGCAGAAAUGGAUGUUCUGGUGGAUACAUUACUCUCAUUGUUGCCACAGUCAUCAGCUCCUAUGCGAACUGCUAUUGAGCAGGUUUUCAAAUACUUUUGCGGUGAUAUCACAGAUGAUGGUCUGCUACAAAUGUUGAGGGUAAUUAAGAGGUCUCUGAAACCUGCUAGGCAUCAGGUUGCUGAGAGUGACAAUGAUGACGAAGAGGAUGAUUAUGAUGAUGAAGAUUUCCUCAAUAUUGAAGAAGAUGAGGUGAUUAACAAAGCUGAGACAGGUGAAACAGGUGAAAGUGAGGAGCAGACGGAUGACUCUGAGGCUGUAGGUGGGGUUGACGAUGUUGACAAAGAGGUUUCCGAAGCUUCAGAUGAUUCUGAUGGAGGAAUGGAUGAUGAUGCAAUGUUCUGGAUGGACACUUACCUUGCCCAGAUCUUUAAAGAGCGAAAGAAUCAGGCUGGGAGUGAAACUGCUCAGUAUCAGCUUGUGCUAUUCAAACUUCGUGUACUUUCAUUGCUGGAAAUAUACUUGCAUGAAAAUCCAGGUAAGCCACAGGUUCUCUUGUUGUAUUCAAACUUGGCGCGAGAACUUGUUAACCCGAGCACUGCAGAAAGUAGCUGGCGGCGAAUAUGGGGAAUUCUCCAAAAGAAGAUAUUCAAAGCAAGGGACUAUCCUAAGGGUGAAGACGUGCAACUUUCCACUCUUGAAUCUUUAUUGCAUAAGAAUUUGAAGUUGGCAUCAAAACCAGUCAAGAGAAAGAAACUUGCUGGCAAGAAGCAGCAAGCUUCCUGGAACCGACAGAAGAUGAUUGCUUCCCUUGCUGAGAACUCCACCUUUUGGAUUCUGAAGAUCAUCGACGCAAGAAAGUUUCCCGAGUCUGAGCUGCAGGUGGUCUUUGAUAUCUUCCGGGGUGUUCUGGGAGAAUAUUUUGAUAGUAAGAAGUCCCAAAUCAAGUCUGAGUUUUUGAAAGAAAUAUUCCGAAGGAGGCCAUGGAUUGGCUAA